AUGGACGAGAGCGAGACGAAGACCUGCGAGAACUGCAAGCGCGACAUCCCGUGCGUGAACUUCACGACGCACGCGGUGCACUGCGCGCGCAACCUCAGCGUGUGCCCCGCGUGCAAGGAGCCCGUGCCGCACGCCGAGCUGCCCGCCCACCACGACAAGAUGCACAAGCUGCCACACGCGCGCAACCUCAGCGUGUGCCCCGCGUGCAAGGAGCCCGUGCCGCACGCCGAGCUGCCCGCCCACCACGACAAGAUGCACAAGCUGCGUGAGUGUCCCCUCGCUCUCUGUAUGAUACGGUUCAGCACACGCGCGCAACCUCAGCGUGUGCCCCGCGUGCAAGGAGCCCGUGCCGCACGCCGAGCUGCCCGCCCACCACGACAAGAUGCACAAGCUGCGUGA